AUGGCAGACUAUGGAGCGAGCGAAUACACGCCCCCGUUGCGCUGGGUUUCCUGCCGUGGAGACCAACUACCGAAGGACGCGCUGUCUGGAGGGGACGACAUUGGAGGCGAGGUCACCUACGUAGGGCGAGCCGCGUACGCUGACGAAGUGAUACCAGGAAAGAUUGUUCCUUCCACGGGAUUCUGUUACGUCCCCCAUGCUGGCACCGGCCACAAGUUCCGCGACUGCAAGGUGCUUGUGUCCAACGGAGCUCCUUUGGCAUGGCUGCCGGCAUCCAGAGGCGCAGUGCCUAGUGGAGCCAUACAGGGUGGCCUUACAGACAAUGGCGAGGCACUCUACGUAGGUAGGGCACGUCACAAUGGCAUGCUCAUUCUAGGCAAGGUUCAGCGAUCGCACGGAUGCGCAUGGGUGCCUCACGAUCGCCAAGAGCAUUCCUACGCUGAAUACGAAGUCCUGGUCUUGAAAACUGUCAAUCUGUGA